AGUCUCUCAGCCCCUUCCUUCCUUCCUCCUGGUCUUCUUUAAUCCUAUCUUGGUCAGUGCCAGAGCAGUUUUUCCCAGCUCCUUGCCUACGCCUGGACAUCCAUGCUUUCCUCAAGACCUUCUCCCUCUGGCUCAGUGCCCAACGGGAAUCCAGAGAGCCACAGUAAGCAGGUGCAGUGGGCUUCUGUCAUUGAAAGUAAAACGUCCAAGGAAGGGCACUCAAAAUCCCAGCUGGAUUCUUCCAAAGCCCCAGGCCCAAAGAGCCGGAAACCAAGCCGUCUGACAAUGAAGUAUGACCGGGGACAGCUACAGAUGUGGCUAGAGACAGAGGAAUGGAUGGAUUCCCAGCUCCAGGAGCUGUACCAGGAUCAAUCAUUGUCCUCUGUGCCCGAAUUUGACCUAGAAGACUUUGUUGAACUCUCCACAGAAGAACAGAAAACAAAACUGCAGACAAUACUCCAAGAAUGUGUCAGUCCUACAGAGCCCUUUAUCUCUGAGCUGCUUAGGCGCCUCAAGAAACUGCGGAGGCUCAGCCGGCCUCAGAAAUGAAACCUUCCCUUCGGCCUCACCGACCUUUAGAGCCCACGGAUUAUGGACCCUGUAGGCCACACUCUUCCUGCCUCCCAGCACAGCCCCGGACUUUGUGGGGGGCCCGAACUCCUUCAGGAUACAUGGGCCAGGGAACUGGUAGGAUGAGAGAUGUGUGGACACUGCCUGAGGGGACAUGGGAGAUGUACAGCUUCAGCCUGAUGGCAUUGGCAGCCCAGCCCCCCGACCCCCUCUGAGAUUGGACAAGGGACCCGGGUCACCACCUCUAGGGCUCCUUGGCAAGCCCCUGACUCAUGUUUUGAAUCUAGAAGGAUAAAGCCUAUGGAAAAGAUAUGUGUGGAGUUUUAUUGGCCCAGAGGGAAAUGGGAUGAAAUAAUUAUUAGCUGUUUGUAGCAAAAGUCAUGGGGAGGCUAGGGUAAAGGGAGGGCAGACAGGUGGUAAAGGGCUAUGUUGAUGGUUGUGACAGCUUUACGAUUGUUCUCUCUCUCGAUCCUGCCAUUUUACAGAUAAGGAGACUGAGGCAGAGUUAAGUGACUUGACCUGCCGGGGGUCAC